AGUCCAAGACCGAUUAUAGACUAAUACAUAUAUUGAUAAUUAGUCUAUAAUCGGUCUUGGGCGUAUAAACGUGCUAAGGACCUAUGAUAAGACGCACUAUUUGUACUAUAUUUCGUUAUUGAUGGACGGGGCGAGUACCUAUGUAGUGAUAAGUACCUGUUCCUCUUGCUACAUUGAUUUAAUGAUUUAAUGUAUUGUAUGUGGCUUUUCAUAACUGAUCACACUCACAGUUUGAGUUCGAACCUCUAGAACGAAUAUUCAUAAUUACUUCAGCUAGCUAAAGGUCUCUAAUUUAUGUUGGUUCGGACGCCAAACGGCACCUACCAUAAGUUUCUUGCCGUGCUAUCCUCUAAUAUUGUUGGAGUAAUUCAAACCCUGCCUACACUGCUCUCCGGCAGACGACAAUCUGUCUGAAAUUGUCUGUCUGUCGUCCAGAGCUACUUUAUCGCAGCUACCGAACCUCAUGCCAAUGUUUCAUUUUUUGAUGGUGUUGUGGCCCUACUUGCUCACAGGAAAUUCUCAAAAUUCACUGUUUUACUGAUUUUUUUUCGCUACCUCAUGUCACAUCAUUUUGAAACUUUGUUUUUGGCUUUAUCACCAUGGUGUGAAAUAUUGGCACCGACCACAACGGGACUCUGACGCGAGACCUCCAUACGGUGGAUCAUCCGAUGCUCUAAACAUUUGAGCUUUAACCCGGAAGGCUUAUUCAAGAUGAUCACUGUUCCGAACAAAAUUCACAAGAAUGGAUGACAGAAAGCUGCUGAUUUUAUAUGGAAGUCAGACAGGGACGUCCCAAGAUGUUGCUGAAAAAAUCUGCAGAGAGGCAAAGCGGAGACAUUUUUCUACCAGAGUGAUGUCCCUUGAUUCUUACACUGUGGCAAAUCUGCUACAGGAGGGGCUGGUAAUAUUUGUGUGUGCCACUACCGGACAAGGGGACCCCCCUGACAACAUGAGGCUGUUUUGGAGAUUUAUUCUGAGAAAGAACCUCCCCUCGACUUCUUUACUCAAUCUGCGUUAUGCUGUGUUAGGAUUGGGUGAUUCGUCCUAUCAGAAAUUCAAUGUAAUAGCCAAGAAACUGUUCAAACGUAUCCAACAACUAGGUGGACAGAGUCUCACCCCUGUGGGUCUGGCUGAUGACCAACACGACCUUGGGCCAGAUGCAGUUAUCUACCCUUGGUUGACUUCUCUAUGGAGUCGUGUUCUCAGUCUUUAUCCUCUUCCCUCAGGAUUGGAAAUAAUUCCUGGCCAUGUGAGGCCACCUCCAAGGUACAAUGUGAUAUAUUCUGAAGAUUCCAGCAAAGUUCCAGACUUGUCUGCAUUUAGACUUGGUAGCCUUGGAAACAAUGUCUACAGCCAAUCAAAUCCAUUUUAUGCACGCUUGAUAUCAAAUGACAGAGUUACAAGUGAGGAUCAUUUCCAAGAUGUCCGCUUGGUGCGACUAGACAUCCAAGGUUCAAAUAUCAGUUUCAGCCCGGGAGAUGUUGUCCUAUUGGCUCCACAGAAUUCUGAGGAAAGUGUAGCGGAGUUUAUACAACACAUGAAACUGUCACCUGACACUCUCUUCUCUCUUCAACAGAAUGACCCAGAUAUCCCUUUGCCCUCCACUUUACCUGAUGUGUGUACAGUGAAAUAUUUACUCCAACAUUACCUGGAUAUCAACUCAGUACCUCGCCGCUCUUUCUUUGAACUUCUUAUCUUCUUUGCUGACAAUGAGUUAGAAAAAGAAAAAUUGGAGGAGUUUUGUACAGCUGAAGGACAGGAAGAACUGUAUAGUUACUGUAACCGUGUGAAGAGGACUAUACUAGAGGUGCUACAGGAUUUCCCCCACACCAGCGCCAACAUUCCAUUUGAGUAUCUGUUUGAUGUGAUACCUCAGCUACAACCAAGGUCAUUUUCUAUAGCUUCGUCUCUACAGGCACAUCCGGGAGAGAUCCAGAUCUUAAUGGCUGUUGUUACAUAUCGGACAAAGCUGUUCCGUCCUCGACGGGGUGUCUGCUCCACCUGGUUAGCUGGCCUAGACCCCUGUAAGGAUGUUCAUGUACCUGUAUGGGUUAAACGAGGCACCAUUUCAUUUCCUAACGACCCAACAACACCUGUCAUCAUGGUUGGACCAGGGACAGGAUGUGCUCCGUUCAGAAGCUACAUCCAAGAGAGAAGCAGUAAGCUGAUAGCAGGUAACAUCCUGUUCUUUGGAUGCCGCAAUAAAGACAAGGACUUUUUCUGUGAGUCUGAGUGGUCAUCUCUAGUGGAGAAAGGUCUCCUUACACUGUACACUGCCUUCUCCAGGGAUCAGGAGGACAAAGUAUACGUCCAGCAUCGCAUCGAGGAGAACAGCGAGGCCUUGUGGGACCUACUGGACAACCACAAUGCCUACUUCUAUAUAGCAGGGAAUGCCAAGCGUAUGCCAGAUGAUGUGAGGGAUGCCCUGAAGGAGGCUAUACAUAGGUAUGGUGGCAGAUCCAGAGAGGAGGCUGACAAAUACCUCCUCCAACUUGACCAGAAGAAAAGAUACCAAGCUGAAACAUGGUCUUGAUGUUGGUGAAAAUUAGUCAUGCAUGAUUUUAAUUGUAUAUCUUAUGAAAAGUAAAAAAGAACUCUAAAAUUA